AUGGGCUGUAUCCAAAGCAUCACCUGCAAGGCGCGGAUCCGGCGCGAGAACAUCGUGGUGUACGAUGUGUGCGCCACCAUCGACCAGUGCCCCACGCGCAUCGAGGAGACCUCGCCCAUCGUCCUGCGCUACAAGACCCCCUACUUCAAAGCCUCGGCCCGCGUGGUCAUGCCCCCCAUCCCCCGCCACGAGACCUGGGUGGUGGGCUGGAUCCAGGCGUGCAACCAGAUGGAGUUCUUCAACACCUACAGCGACCUGGGCAUGUCAAGCUGGGAACUACCUGACUUGAGGGAAGGGAGAGUAAAAGCCAUCAGUGACUCAGAUGGGGUGAGCUACCCUUGGUACGGGAACACCACAGAAACUGUGACCCUGGUUGGUCCCACCAACAAGAUCUCCAGGUUCUCCGUCAGCAUGAAUGACAACUUCUACCCAAGUGUGACGUGGGCAGUGCCAGUGAGUGACAGCAAUGUGCCACUGCUCACAAGGAUCAAGAGGGACCAAAGUUUCACUACCUGGCUGGUGGCCAUGAAUACCACCACGAAGGAGAAGAUCAUUCUACAGACCAUCAAGUGGAGGAUGAGGGUGGACAUUGAGGUGGACCCUCUUCAGCUCUUGGGGCAACGGGCCCGGCUGGUGGGCAGGACUCAGCAGGAGCAGCCCCGGAUCCUGAGCCGGAUGGAACCCAUCCCCCCCAAUGCACUAGUGAAACCCAAUGCCAACGAUGCCCAGGUCCUCAUGUGGAGGCCCAAGCGAGGACCACCUCUGGUUGUGAUCCCUCCUAAGUAGAAGCAGACUGGCCUGACUGUGUGUGGAGCACAUGACGCUAUGACACGCAGUGAGGCUGCCAGGGGUGGCAGGAGCCAAACUGAGUUUCUGAGCCAAAGCAGACCACUUGGUUUGCCAGCAUUUGCAGCCACUUAUGAAGAGUAGGGCUGCUUCUUGGGUGGUAGAAGCAUAAUCCUUAGGAAAAGUCCCUUCCUUUUAGGAAUAAAGAAAUCACUGAUUUGACAGACUUGCUGUGAUUACCAUGCAAGUAGCCAUAUUUUGGAGCUGACCAGGAUGAUUCUUUUAUCUGAACUACUGACCAUUUCUUUCCUGUGAGAUGCAGGGGAUGGAAACAAAAUUAAACAGUGCCUGUGGCAAAUGCUGCUUCCCAACCAAUUAGAAGUGGGAGUGAAAACAUCCACACCAGGUGUUUGUAAGACAGAGAGUCCCACUGUCUGACUGGAGGGUGCUCGGGGAAGGGGGUGGAAUGAAAGUCGGGCGGUGAAGAGAAUGGGGAGAAAGAGAAAUAAGUUGUUACUACAAAUUAAUACCUAUGAAUUUAUUAGUAGACAAUCAGAUCUUCAACAUACUCAGUGGAAUGAAAGGUACACUUAGAGAACUAGAGAUAUAUUGAUAUUCACUCCAUUCUGAAGGGGAGCCUCCUGGGAACUGUCCGGGGUUCUGAUGUGGACAGACAGAUGGUGCCUCGAUGCUUCCAUCUACCCACCUCUUUCCAAAAUCUGAUUGUUCUGAGUAUC